UAAAUAAGCAAUCAUUUUUAACAGGUGGAGUUUGUUGUUCACCCAUCUGUUAAUCCAAAUGACCCUUUGGUAAAAAGUGCUAUUGAACAAAUUCGUUUCCGUAUGUCCAACUCAGCCACUUCAAAUAGGGCGCGUUCUCCUCAAGAGCAGUCAACCUAUGGCAAACAAGAGUCACAUGAUCAAAUUAAGGACAGAACGAAGGAAAAAUCACAGAGAACAUGUAAUCUACGAAACAGUGACAAAGUACAAAAAAAACAUGAUCUAAUGGGUGUAGCUCCUUUUAGUAGUUAUCAUCCAGUGACAGUUCCAGGACUUGGGCGAACUCUUGGAUAUCUACCGAAAAUGCCAAGACUGAAAGUUAUCCAUAUUUUUCUAUGGUAUAUAGUCCAUGGCCAUCCAUUCCAUGAAGAAUCUCAAAAAGAAAUGUCAGAUAACAAAGCCAGCCCUUCUAAUACUGCAGAAACUGGGCAGGAGAAAUUGUUACCCAGAAUGCUUUCCGAUUCAGAAAUAAGCAAAAGUUGCUUUGAAAGCCACCCAGGAAAUUCAGAAAAAUACCUCUCUGAUCUAGCAUCUGAUGAGUUAAAUUGCCCAGUAUACAUGGAUGACUCAACGUGGAUGAGACAUGUCCCACCUGCAACCGUACACAGUGAAUUUGGUCCUGGCUGGGUCCUUGUUAGUGAUAUAUUGCUUUGUUUGCCCCUCUCUGUCUUUGUGCAGAUUGUCCAAGUCAGUUACAAGGUUGAAAACCUUGAGGAUUUCUUAAACCAUCCAAUAAGAAAGCACAUGUUGAUCAGACAUUUGCCAAGGUCCAUCCGUCAGCAACUGUUAUACAAAAGGAGGUAUGUGUUUUCAGUGUUCCAGAGUCUGCAAAAAUUAAGCUGUAUGGGACUUGUGCAGUUUGGUCCAAUAGAAAAAUUUCAAGACAAAGAUCAGGUAUUUGUGUAUGUGAAGAAAAAGGCUACAAUUGUUGAUACCACCAGCUGUGACCCUCACUAUAAUCUUGCUCAAGGAAAUCAUCCUUUUGAUAAGCGACAUUAUCAUUUGAAAACUAUUCAAGAUGUGGAAAAUUUUUGGUUUGAUUUACAGUUUGUUUGUCUUAAUACUCCUUUGGGUGUUGUCCGCUGUACUAAUCUAAAGAAAACGAAAUCUCAGACCCAUGAUGGAAGUCUACUUAGACAAAAUGCAGGGACAGAACCUGAAGAUGGACAGAAUUUGGAACGUAAAUGUGGCAUUUUGGAGAGUAUUGAGGGAAGUAGAGACGUUGUCGAUGAUGGAUCAAUUCCUGGUGAUGGAUUGGGAGCUGGUGGCCUUGAUUCUAGCUUUUAUAGCCAUUUAAAACGCAAUUGGAUUUGGAUAAGCUACAUUAUUAAUAAGGCUAGAAAGGAUACCUCUGUACACGAUAAUGGUUUCACCCUUAGACUCCAGACUUUCCUAAAUAAACAAACUUUACCCCUUGGACCUGGAGGUAACGAGAGAAGUGUAUUUGGAAACAUAAAUCUGACAGAAAAGAGUGAAUUUGUUCAGAUAGUAAAAGAAGCUACAGCACAUCGUAGUAAGCGUGUGUGUGGUGGAAAAAACCAAAAGAGAAAGAGGCCUAGUAAAGAUGUUGGGAAAAAACAGAAAAUUAAGAAAAAAAAAAGUGAAACCUGUGAACAAGAAAAAGCCAGAAAGAAUCGCUACCACGAUGAAGCAGAUCAAAGCGCACUGCAAAGAAUGACCCGUCUGCGAGUGGCCUGGACUUCACAGGAGGAUGGGUUACUGAUGCUUUGCCGAAUAGCAAGCAACAUCCUAAAUAAAAAGGUAAAAAGGCCUUUUGUUCCAUGGCAAGUUGUCCGGGAUAUCAUGCAUUCCAGUUUGGAGGAAUCUUUGGACAAAACAUCUCAUUCUAUCGGGAGAAGAGCUCGUUAUAUAAUAAAGAACCCCCAAACUUACCUUAAUUACAAAGUGUGCUUGGCAGAAGUCUACCAGGAUAAGCAUAUGAUUGUAGAAUUUAUGACUCGCAAACAAAAUUACGAUGAUCUAAAGGUGUGUGCUGCUGAGUUUAUGGAAUUUGUAGAACGUCUCAAGCAAAAAUUUAGCACAAAUUUGGGUAGACCUGCAAGCGAUUUGCCAGACACUGUACAUCAACUAUUUGAGAGUUAUCGGGUUUUGGCAGUUGGAGAUGAAUCAAGCCAAGAGACAAGAACAGAAAUGCUCAAUAGUGUGGAUGACAUACACAUUCUGGUGCUUCAGAAUCUAAUUUUGAGCACUUUGGCACUCUCUGACAUGCAGAUGAAGUCAUGUCGUUCACUGCAAACAUUUAGAAUGUAUAGGAAAUAUUCUGAUGACAUUUUGGUGAAGGCAUUUUUGGAAUUUCAAAAGAAGAGACUGGUAAAUCGUCGUAGAGGAAAUCAUAUGAUGGGUCCAAAGAAAAAACGGGCAUUGCCUUUUGUACCCAUGUCAUUUCAAUUAUCACAGACAUAUUACAGACUUUUUACUUGGCGAUUUCCUUCAACGAUCUGUUCAGAAUCCUAUCACUUUCUUAACACACUGAAGACUUGUGGAAUUGCUGAGAAAGCAGAUGUCUUCACAUUCAGUGAUCAUGCUUAUGAGCCAGUAGACAACAUGAUCAUGUUUCCUUUAGAUGGACCUGGUGGUCAGUGUGUAACAAUUCUCUCCCUACUUCUCCUGGGUAUGACUUCCGUCAAUGUGAAAAUCCCAGACCAGAUUGUAGUUGUAGACAGCAAUCUUGUAGAAAAUGAAGUAAUUAAAAGCCUAGGAAAAGAGUGUCUUGAUGAAGAAGAUUAUGAUGAUGACUAUGUUGAUGAACCUUUGGGGAAUAAACGCAAGAUAGAGGUGAAAGCUCGACAGGCAUCUCAUACCAAUUAUCUCCUAAUGAGGGGAUACUGUGCACCAGGCAUAGUCAACACGAGAAAUCUUAACCCAAAUGACAAUGUUGUUGUAAAUUCCUGUCAAGUUUGGGUCAAAUUAAGAAAUAUACCAGUCCCUGGAAGGUUGAGAGGCUCAGGUUCACUCAUUGAUUUCACUGCAGGGGAGCCUUGCCUUCCUGAUCAUUUCACUGGACUUUUGAAUACCAAGAACCUCAGCAUAAAUACAUUUCUGAGUCGAUGUAUAGACUGUUAUAAGUACAGUCCAUCAGAUGUUUCAUGUGUUGUGGAAAUACACUCUGCUAUCAAAGCAAGUUCCUUUUUUGGAAUAAAAGUGUCUGAUCUCGCCAAAAGGUUUUUUAACCUUGAAAACUUCGAAUUUGGAAGAAAAAGGUAUUUACACCAGUAUAUACAGGAUCUAAUAACAGAAAGACAAGUGUUAAAAGUGGGAGGUGCCACAGUUCGACUUGUAGCAAUGAUGCAUGCUGCUCCUUGGGUUUUGCAUUCAGACUGUCUAAAAGAACAUACAUUGCAAACGAAAUUACAUUUUGACAAGCCCGACUGCAGAAAUUCUAAUCAACCAGUCAAUAACCAGAUGGAAAAUAAUGCAUAUACAAAGUCUCCUGAAACGUCCACUGUUCCAAAAGAUUGUUGGAGUCCAGGAGAUAUGGGAGAAACUUUAGAGACAUUACAUGAGAGGGAAUCUGAUUGUUGUUUCCUUGGAAGACCUUGGAGGGUAGUUGAUGGUAGUUUAAAUAAACCUGUAUGUAAGGGAAUGCUGGAGGCAGUUCUGUAUCACAUAAUGACCAAGCCUGGGAUAACAGAGACCAGCCUACUUAAGCACUACAGUGGUGUUCUGCAGCCUGUUGUUGUAUUGGAAUUGUUACAGGUGCUGGAACACAUUGGAUGCAUCAUGAGGUACCAUGUUGAAAAACCUCUGAAGAUUUCUUUAUUUUCAUGCUUCGUUAUUCCACAACAGAUUGGAAAACCAAAACUUUCUGAAGAGCUUUCCACAUAUUAUGAACCAUCAAUUGACUGUACUAUAAGACUUGGUGGAAUUUUUCCUUCAGAAGUUAACUGGAACAAAUGGGUUUUAUAAAUCUGUUUCUACUCAUUUUGAAAUAUUUGUACAACAUGCUUUUGUCAGAUUGAUGGCAUGUCUGUUUAUUUUAGGCAGAUUCCAACACUGCUAAUGUGAUGAACAUUCGGUAUGGCCGUUUCAUAAAACUUCUACUUGUGUUUACAUAUUUGUAAAUAAAUAAGUGUGAUUGUGGGCAUUUUUUGUUAAUAAAAAUAUAUAAGUUGUUUCCAUAA